AUGUUGAACACAUUCAGAGUGACAGUUUUGAGCGUCAUUGCUCUUGGUCUUUACUACACCUGGGUUACUGGAGGAGCCAAGACUAGGUUUGGUCGACAAGCGUACACUCCCAGUUACCCCGUCGCUUGUAAAAUAAACAACGCGGUUGGUUUGACCUACGAUGAAGGUCCAUCAACAGUCACCAAGGAUAUCCUAAGUUAUUUGGCUGCCGCCAAUGUCACUGCCACCUUCCACAUCGUUACUGUAUACCUCAGCAACAACUUGAACUUGCAAUCAUACGUAAAGGCUGCUUAUUCCGCUGGUCACGAUAUUGGACUUCGAUUCAACACUCAAAUGAACGCCGGAAACAUGACGUUAGCAGCCUUCCAAGCUGAAAUCAUGGCUGAAUCUCAAAUCAUCUACAAUUUGAUUGGUGUAUGGCCUAAAUUCCUUCGUUUGGGUGGUGUCUCGACCGCUGAUAUUGAUGCUUGGUGUCUCAGUCAAGGAUUCGUUAUUACUAGCUAUGCUGUUGAUCCCAUGGACUAUGCUAGUGCUUCGACUUCUAUUACUGCUACAUACAGCAGUUAUUUGUCAAAGUUGGUUGGUGGUCAAUCUUUUAUUUCUUAUGAAUCUGACUUGUACACUUCAGCUGCACAAGCCCUCCCUAACACCUUGGGUGUCAUUGCUGGAUACUCAUAUAACGUCGUACCUCUCAGCAAGUGUCUUGCUACCCCAUCAUACCGAACUGUAGCUGGUAGCUCUUCAGGUGGAUAUGUCGCCGGUACUUCUUCAGCUACUGGAACUGCUGUUGCUUCCAAGAGUGAUGCUACCACUCAUAUUCAAUUCAUGUCUGGCUUCAUUGCCUUGAUGAUUUUGGGUGCUGCUUUGGUCAUGCUAUAA